ACGUCUUCACAAAUCCACCUCUCAAGAGGAGUUGCCGGAUCCGAAUCUGCAUCUGUCUCUCCCAGAAAUAGCCUCACGGUACCAUCAGUCACAUCCCUCUUCGAGUCGCCAACCGAGCGCAAUCUCACAUUUGGGCCACCAAGCCUUUCUGUUGCCCACAGGAAUAUUGAGGACCUUCGGGGAAUGCCUCCCACGAACAACCCUGCCGAACAAAGGUCCAGGGUAGACAGCAACGCCAGUCCAACGUCGAACACGAGGCAGUCAGAGGGUCUUCGAAACGCUCUCGCGUCAUCCCGUCGGAACGCAAUUGGAGUCGCCGUACGAACUACCAGACGACACCUUACAAACCCUAUACAAUCUCAAAGAGAAGGCUUUUCCAUACGCCGAGAACGACGUCGGAUCUCGCUGCAAAGAGUCCUUACGAGGUUUUUCGACAGUAGUCCUCCUGUCACCAAUCCAUCCACAGGCCAUAUUCGGAGAGAUUCCAGUACUUCGGACGGACGGUCAAUUUCCAAGGUAGAUAGCCACGGCUCUCUACAGAGCCUCGACCUCGUAUCACCCGGUACCUUCCUCUUUAGCGGUCCAAGCUUGAGGUCAGCCUACUCUAGGAGCUCUUUUGGAUACUCGACGUCCUUCCUCGAAAGCAAAUCAUCUCUCGGCACUGUUGGUAACGACAGUCAUUUUAGCGUCGAGGACUUUCCGGUCCGAAUGAUGAAUGCAGAACAACCGCCGGCCGAUUAUGUCGAAGAUGGUAUUCUGGAGCCUUUUCUGUAUUGCGACGUUACGCGGAGUAUGUCCGACAUCAUUCUCCGGGUUGGCUCUCCGAUAGAAGAGCGAGAUGAUACCGUCUCAGAGGGCUCUUUUACCAAUUACCACAGCCUAUCAUCGAUGAGACUUACAUGCCGAUCUUGGUACUCUGCCAUCAGCGCGGCCGCUCAUCGCGUACUGCCUCCUCCAUGCAGACUCCCCAAUGAGCUCAUUCAGCAUAUAUACAGCUUUUUGUCGCCCAGAGACUUCAAUGCGGCCCGGCACACCUGCCAAACUUGGAUGACUGCAAGUCUUGACCGAACGAUUCUCAAAUCGAUGCUCCGUCGUGGCGGGUGGAUGGGAGGGGCUGAACACGAUCUUCGGGAGAGAGGUAUUCUCGAUGAAUCCGUGGACCAAGGCCGAGUGGAAUGGUUCCUCAGCAAGCUACUUUCUCGAGAGUGUGCCUUGUCUUGCAACUGGACUGGCAACGGACUUGAGACCCCCGGCACAAAGAACUCAAAAUACCAUGAGCCAUUGGUCGAAGUUGCCAGGACAGAUUUUGCCGACCUAGCGAAUGGCUCUGCUGGGCCUGAAGGGCGUCAUACCGGAGCUCUCGUCUUCACAGUCAGCGUUUGCGGCAGGUUUUUGCUCGUUGCGGAAGGCGGCAUGAUAUACAUCUACCAGCUCGAAGACAGUAGUCUCCGCCCUCUGACUAGCGUAGUCUGUCCUCGAAGAGUUCUGGCAAUGAGCAUGGAUGCUUCGUCUCACAGAUUUGCGAUUGCUGCGCUUCUGGAAGGUAGAAUGGGUCUUGUCUGUGACCUAAAUCUCAGGUUUUCUGACACGGGAGACUCUGCGAUACCGACUAGCGCUGGAGUCAAUGAUAGAGCCACGUUCUUCACAAGCGAACCAAGAAACCCCUUUGAGGAUCCCAUGGCGAUGGCCAAUGACAAUGCACGAUUUGCUGAAAUUCGUGUACAAGCCGGCGAUGAAGAAGUCAACCUACGAGACACCGAUCGAGAUCACGAACGUAAUAACAUCAAUCUCGAUUGGCACAUCCUCCUGCGAGGGGGCCCACGAGACAGCAUCCCUGGCGCCAAAACGCAAGCAAUACCCGUCGAUAAUGGACGUCGGAGCAUCUACCGGCACCUCUGCUCCGACGACGACCCGCCACGCUGCGUGUCUAUCUGCCCACAGCGACGCUGUGUAGCCUUCGGCUGCUCCGCGGGUAUAGAACUGUACUGGGUCGACGCCAUCACAGGGCAAAAUCUGAACAGGUGGUUCCCUCUCACCUCACCUAGCGAUUUCCUCCACUUCCUGCCCCCGCGACCUGGCGUCGACUCGGCCAAAAAGCUUCGACUAAUAUCCAGCGCCGCACACCCAAGCGACAGGCCUUCAAUCUACCACCGUUUCCUCUCCAACCGGCCAAACCCCAGCCUCUACUGGGGGUCCUUCGGCCUCGAAACCCCCCUCGCAACCCACGGCAGAGGAGGCUCCAACUCGGACCACUUCCGCGCAGUGCCCCUGAGCGAUGGAUACAACGUGCUCUUCACCGACCCCUCCACCUCCCGCCUCUAUCUGGGCAGCGACGCGCCCCAGGGCGGCCCGACCAAGCUCCUCCGCACCCUCAUGCUCAUGCCGCCCGACCCGGACGACAUCCCCCGCAUCUACACGGCCGCCGCCGACCUGACGUGGGGCGCGCGCGUCGCCGUCGCCUUCGGCGACAAAGUCGUGCUCUACAGCGUGCCCCCGGACCUGCGCCUGAUCCACGCGUACGCGUACCCGUCCACGCCCGCCAUCUGGCCCAUCGGCAUCAAGGGCACCGUCGUGGGCGCGCUGGACGGGCUGGCCGCCCUCGCCAUCUACGCGGCGCCCGAGCUCACCAUCUGGGCGUUUGGCGCGGAUGGGCGCGCCGUCACGUGGCAGCUGGAUACGGGCCGGCGGCCGCGCGUGGUCGCGGAGCGGAGUGUCGGGCGCGACGGGCUGGUGGGCGAUAACUGUGAUGUUGAUGUGGACGGCGAUGUGGUGAUGGCGGAUGCGGAGGAGGCGGAGGCGGAGGCGGAGGCGGAGGGCGCGGGCGAGCGCUCGGUGGGCUUCGACGGGCAGGCCUCGGGGCUGCUGGGGCAGUGGCGGCUGCCGGGGGUGCUGCACGUGGCGAAUGAUGAGUUCUUGAAUGGGAUCGAUGUCUCGUCGGGCGAGGCGUGGUAUGAUCGCGAUGGGGAUAUUGUCAUGUUUGACGCGGAUACGAAUGAGGUCGGGUGGACGGCGGAGGACUGGUUGGUGCAGGAGAGAUGAUGCUGAAGCGUGCGUGGUGUUGAUGCCUGACCUAUAUUCCUAGAACUACAGUGUAGAACGAGAGAGAUCCUGGUUUCGAGCUCUUUUAUUCAGAAUUCUUAUCCUAUUCUUCAACGCU